GAAUUAUCUUUAAGACAGCUGUUCUCAAAUGGUGUUCCGAGAAUUAGAACUUUUCUUAGCCGAAUAUCAGGGUUCUUAACUAUUUCAUGCUAAAUCUGAAGAGGAGUUAAAGGUAUGUGUUUACAGAUUAUACAAGCUUUCACUAUGUUGGAAUAAUAAUCGAAAAUAAGAUGUUUCCACUUCAAAGAAUGUCGAUGAUAGUGGAAUGUCCAUUUAGUUGGUCCUGAAGAGAACACCAGCUUUAAGAUGUCAGACAUAGAAGGCGACUGAUUUUUUUUCUUCUAAAUAUAUGAAAUGGAAAAAAAUGGUAUUAUGACUAAAAUAAGUUCAUGUUUCCCCGAAAAUUACGCUUUCAGUAGACACUCAUUUAAAACCAAUGACCCCAAAAUGUGCAAAGAUGAUGUUAACCCCGCAUUAUUUUGCAGCGUACCAGACUCCAUUGUUGAUGAUAAUGCAAUGGAUGUACAAGAAUGCUCCGUUAGAACAAUCACCAAUAAAACCGAUAAAGGAAGCAAACCUGAUUUCAGUUUCAAUGAUAAAACCUUCUUUUCUUUGAUUCAUGGAAAACAGGGCAAUGAAUUCCAAAAUGCGAUAUUGCCAUCUUGGAAUAAUAACUCCGGGUAUUCGUUUUCACAAAAUUCGCUAGUUAACAACAACAAAAGCAUUUCGAGUAAUUCUUUCCAAGUUUUAGAAUCAUUUUCCACUCCCCGCAAUCCUAAUCCCUGCGAAUCAGCUUCGAAUAGCGUUCUCAACACUGAUUCACCUCUUAGUUUUGUAAUUGACGACGAUGAGAGCAGUUCUAGCAUUGAAGAAAUAUUCCACCCCAAACAAGAUGAUUUUGAAGAGAUCAGUAGAAACUAUGCUGCACGCCACGUUGUUCAUUUGAGUACUGCAGCUGAAAAAUCACCACCAAAUCAAACACAACACAGUGAGGAGCGUAAAAUCACCCCUAUCUCCAUAAUUCCCGCCUCAGCCUUAAAACUUGUGGAGCAUUCAACCCCUAUAAAAGAUCAGGUGACACCCGAACUUCCACCUCCUUUAAUUUGCAUAGAUGACGACGAGGAAUCCUGCCAAAGUUCAAUCAAAGCAAAUUAUGAAGUAAUCGAUGUUGUUGAUUCCCCUGAAAUGCCGAUUUUAACCCCUUUUUCAUCCGAUGAUGAAGAAGUUCUGAAAAUUAAACAAGAAGUCAUCAGUGAAGAUGAAGUAGAAAAAGCGGUUUCUAAGGAGGAUCAGUUACUUUCUGAAGCUAGUGGAAUGCGACAGCCUCAAGUUCUUCUACGGAGAAUUUCUUUAGAGCAGUGUUUGCAAUUCACGCCUGGAAGUAAAAACUCUUUUGCUGAUGCGUCUUUGUUAAAUAAAGCCAAGAAUUCUUCCUUUGAUGGUCCAGAAAUUGAAGAAAUCGAAGGUGUACGAUUUUUCCAGUUUCGAUCCAAGCAAGACAUGGAUGAAUUUAACCGGAAACCAGAAUUCGGUAUCGAAGACCUUGAUAUGAUACUUCCUACAAAAACGAUGGAUAUAACUCAAAUUAAGGGUUGGAGGGACAAGUAUUUUGCAUCUGAAUCGCAGUUGCAUUGUUUUCAACUUGAUAGCAAGGAAAAUGAUUCCUUGAUGUCGAGUUAUACUUGUGAGAAAAAAGUACAUGUGUGCCAUGAUGCCAGCUCUAUGAAUGUGGAUAGCUCAUUAUGUGUGACUGAUGAGGACGAUUUUAAGAAAUCGAAUUUGGAAGACAGUAAAGUAGAUACCAAAUGUCUCAACAAAUUAAAUACAGAAUCAAAAUUUAAGUCUCAAAAUGUUAGUAGUGAAUCUAAAGAUUUAAAGACUCAGUUGUCAGCAUUUAUUAGUGAAGAUUUGGAUAGCUUUUUGAAAACCAAAUCAGAAUUGCAAGUUAAUUAUUUACAGAGAAUAAAUCCGAAUAUUAUGCCCAUUCCACCAAAUGCAGGUAUUCUAUCUUUGGGAAAGUUAAAGCAACCAGACAGACCUUUUCAAUAUCGAAACAGAAGAUUUUUCCUGUAUAAACCAAAUCCAACGAAUGUUGAUGAGGUUAAAGAUUCACCAAGAACUUCUGAAGUUAAUGUUAGUUCGCCUGAAGUCAUUUCUAUGAAUUCAUCGGAUCAUAGUUCCAGUGACGACGAUGAUAUUCCAGUUGCCAAAUUGACCACUGUUAAAAGGAGAAAACUACGCCUAACUAGUUUGGACCUUGAGACAUGUACUAAACGUCGAAAGAGUGACGAAAGUUCCGAGCAGUCCGAGAGACUUGUGCUCAGACUGACAAAAGAAAGUAAAGGAAGCUCAGAAGGUUAUAAGAUAUCUGAAGGUUUUAACAAAAAAUCUGAUUUGUCUUCUUCGUCAUCUUCCUCCGUUUCAUCUACACCAGCAUCAUCACGUCCUCCAUCACCUGCUCCACCCUCUUGUUCAUCAGAUGAAGAAGUCCCCGACGAAUUCAAAAAUGAGGGCAAUGCUUCUAGUAUCAUUACAAGAAGCAUUUUUGUUAAAAACGAGGAACCAAAACUACUGUCCGAAUUUAUAAAGAACCUAAAUUUGUUAGGCACAAGCAAAGAUGUAACUAUGUUAGUGGAGUCAAAUAAAUCUUACUUUAAGGAAAUUCCUAUUUUAGAUAAGACAACAUGCAAUGAAGCUCUCACUGCUCUUUUGUCUAAUGAUGAAUUAUUGCAGGUAAAGAAACCGAAGUCUAGAAGAAAACUUAAAACGUGGCAAAAGUAUUUGCCUAAGAAGCUUACAACCAAUCAAAAGCUAAAAAUUUCUAAAACAAAAGAAGAUAAUCUGAAUGCUGAAACAAGUGUAAACACUGCAAAUAUUAAAACAAGUGCAUCUACAAAUAUUAAAACUACAAACAGCAUCAAGAAUACGAGGAAGAAAAAGCUUGAUAAUAACGUUAUAAUUGAAAAUAAUACGAGAGGUAAGCGAUCUAUUAAAGUCCCUCUUCGGUUUAAAGCAGGCGGUGAUUGGGUUUCGCCAAUUUUCGUCGAUGAUCCUAAAAAAACCCGCAAACAACUGUUAGAAGUUCCGCCUGUUGUCGUCGAGGACCCUAAGAAGACCAGAAAACAACUAUUAGAAGUUCUUAAUAAAGUAACAAACGACUCAAACAAACAACCUGAGAGCAGCACCAUUAGGGAAUCGAUUGUAGAUAUUAGUACACCUUCCGAGCCGUGUUCCUUAAUUCAAACUACCAAACAAAAAUCACCCGGUGUGAAAGCAAUCAAAUCUGCCAAGGUAAAUAAUGUUAAGACACCUCCUAAAUCUAAAGUCGAAACCCUUCAAAAAUUAAAAAAAGUCCGAGGAAAAAAACUGACAGAAAAAAAAAUUGAAUUGACUAAAUUUAAAACUCGUGAAGCAGAAACUGAACUAAGUUCUUCUAGUACUAGUUCUAGUCCUACUUCCAAUUCAUCGUCAGAAAGUGCAGACGAAAAUGUGAGUCUGCUGAAGUGUACUUUUGAUAACUUUCCUUAUUAUUUGCCUGCUUGUGCUUGCCUGCCUUGUUCAAGAACUGCUAGCUUUAAUCAUAAGUCAAAAGAAUUAAUUUGCUACAAUGAUCAUUCAUCCAAGUGCAGUGGAUCCGAACCUAAUCCGAAUGCACUAUUUAACCAUACAUUUUCCCAUGAAGCAAGCGAACCUGUCAGACUUUCGAUUCCUUGGAAAGAAAACGAUUCUUCCGAUUCUAUACUGCAAAUUUCGGAAUCUAUAAUUAGCAAUGGAUUGCUUGUAAGCGAAGAGGUGAAAAACGCCAUCUGCAACGAAGGCAGUUCUAGUGAUAUUAAAAGCAAUAAAGAUGCAGAAGUUGAAGAAAAAUGCAACUCAAAGGUAUUGCCCUUAGAAACGUUGCAACUGAAAUCUUCUGACAACUCACCUGUAAGUGAUAAGGUGGUGAAGCAGAUUUCGAAUUCUCAAACGAGUGUGUACAAAUCACCUAUGUAUUUAACAAAUGCUAACAUACAUCCUCUGCCUUCUCAGUUGCCAGUGCCUAUAUUACCUAAAACCUCGAAUGUAAUGCCUGUACCUAUUAUCCCUACAGCAAGUUCAAAAACAAGUUAUUCCGGUGGUUUAGAAUCCAACGUUAUACUGCUUGUUCCGACUUAUGCUCAAAAAUCAACUUCUGACAAUUCUGCUAAUUGCACUCUUCAAAAUAAACCGCCUGAUGACCAAAGCUCUAAACCUAAGCCUACAAUAUUGCAUCGAACACAAUCUCCUUCCAAUACCGAGUGCAACUCGCCAGUUAGUAGAGCAGUAUUGAGAACUAAUGUUCCUAAAUUAGUUCAAGGAGCACACUUGCUGCGAUUUGAAAAUGGCCGACUUCUUUAUUAUCAACCUGAAAAGAAAUCUAGUCCGAUUGAUAACUCCACUGGUGGUUCUUCAGUUUCUAAUCCAUCUGUGGAAUCGAAUAUCUUGAAAGAUAUACUAAAAGGCGAAAAUGUGAAAUGUAACUAUCCAUUACACGAUACCAAAGACAAGAAACAGACUGUCGAGGCAAAAGUUGGUGAUAAGAUUAAUGAUGAAAUUCCUAAAAGAACUAACAAACGAGGUAGGACACGAAGGAAAAGUCCCAUUAUGAAGCGGUCAUUGAAUGAUGGCGCCGAUCUCGUCGUUGAUGUAGAGACGGUGGAUGAGAAAUUUAAUCCCCUUGAACAAGUAUCAUCGAAUGAUCGAGAUCGGCUGCUUGACCCAGCCAAAGGUAACGAUAGUGAUUCCAUUUUUACUUCGGACAAUGCCAACGAAGUUAAAAGUUCGAAACAAAGACAAAAUCAAAAGUAUGCUUUGAGGAAAAACUUUGAAAGACUAAGAAAUUCAUCUGAGUUUUUCAAAGAGGCUUCCAGCUCUAAAGAAGUAUUAGACAGGGCUUUGUAUGCAAUAAGGAAAUAUAAGAAAAGAGAACAAGCAUUGCGCGUGAUGAAGCAUAGGUUACGAAUACAUAAUACUCGCCUAUUGGGAAAAUUCCUACUCUGUUUGCAGGGUAUUAAAGAUACAAACGUUAGGAAUUUAGCUAAAAAGCAAGUUAUCAAGAAUCUAGCUCAUGAUUGGGUGAAACAAACGUUGAUUCAUCAGAAAAAAUUUCCAGAUGAACCUCCUAAAAAACGUAGAAAGGCAUCCAAUAAAGCUCCUGGCAGUGAUUAUGAAGCUCACAUGAAAAGUCAAUCAAAUGAUUCUGCUGAAAGUAAAGCUUCAGCGACGAGCUCCAUUUGCGUUGAUGCCGUUCAAAGUGCAAAACCUUCUCUAUCAAUCGAUGUUUCACAGAUGCAAUACAAUGUGGAUAUUGAGCCACAAAUGGAUUUUGAAGUUUCAGAAGAACCACAGGCUGAUUUUGAAAUGUUCAAAGACUUCCAAGUGGACUAUGCUGCAAAAGCUAAAAUUUCUAGGACCGAAAAUAAAAAAAAAUCUAGUGAAAAAGACACUAAUUCUAACAAAAUCCAAACAAGUGUAAAUAGUAUAGAUAAACCUAGUGUAAAAAGAGAGAUUCAAGAGGAAAACUGUAAAGAAGUUCUUAAAUUACAUUCUAGUCCUUCUAAAGAAUUUAGAACUUCUGAAUUUGAAAAUAAACUAGAAAGUGUUUCAAGUACAUGCCCCAGUCAAAUAUUUGAAGGUCUUAAAGUAUUGUACAGUGCAGAAAUCUUUGAAGAGUUUGAAGAGGACGUGUCUCAAGCCUCUCAGAAUAAUAACAUUCCUGAGAUUUUAAGGUAUUUGAAUUCAGACCUCAUGAAAUGCAGAUCUUCUGAAACUGUUACUAAUAAUAAAGAAAUAAUAUCUAAGGGAACUUCACACUUUACUCACACUAACGUCUUCCAACCAUUUAUUUCAACGUCAGACUCUACUUACACUGCUACUUCAACUGGUGAGACUGAACAACAUAACAGAUGUAAAAAAUCUAUCGUUCAUGCUGAUAACAGUUCGCCUCACAACCCAACCAUUUUAAAUCUUGUCAAACCUUCACAGAUGGUUUCUUCAAACUCUUACAUCACAGAAACUCAAAACAAUUUUCAAAAAGAUAAAUCUCCACAGACGCAUUCAAACAGGGAAUCCGGAUUCUCCCCAAAAACUAUUAAUCAUAAUCAAAACAACAGAAAAACAGUUCAUAAAGUAGAUUCUCGAUUUAAUUCUUCAGCACCAUCAGUCCACGUUCCUGAAGAAAUCACUAUCGAUGACAGCGAUGAGGAUGUUACAUAG